CGGUGCAACGACUCAACUGCAAGUUCAAGGCUUGACCUACCACGUCAGGAAACGGACGACCGGAAGGUGGCCGAGAGCGCGAUUACAAAAACAGUCCACCACAACCGGACUCGAACGCAAUCAGUACCAAACUAGCCACAGCAGGAUUAACAUCGCACCGCAUCCCAACGGGAGAACAUCGGACUACCAAGCGAGGGAAAGUGAAAAUAAAUUUAGCAGUGAUGAACUAAAUAGUGACAGUUUUAAAGCUGGUGGCAUUCCUAGAAACAAGUGAAAUGCAGCAACAGAAGCUAGCAACGGAGUGUUGAAUAAUAAAAACCUGGUAGAAAGUGUAAGACUGUGAGAAAGGAUUCAACUGCUGAGAGCGUCGUGGAAAAUACACGGUAACAUGGAUAUUCCAGAAACCGGAGCCGUGUUCACUCUGGGGAAAUCAUACCUGGGCAGUAACGUCGGUACCAUCCGACAAACGAGGCUACUAGCACCAGUUGCGCAUGAGAAACCGCCCCACAGACAGUACAGUUCCUCCACAUCCUCAUCUGGUGGCGAUGCAUUGAUGAUGACAGCCACCGCCGGUAGCAGCUUCGGAACGGAUAGUCAACCCCUGCACACAUCGAACGAGCCAAGCCCGUCCAGACCACCUGCGGAACAGCAGAGCUACUUUUUCAUCAAGAAUGAUCCGGUGGUGAAAAUUGUUUGUGGAAACACCCAGAGCGGUAUAAUUUGCGAAUCUGGUCGGCUGUUUGUCUGGGGUCGCAAUCAUUUCGGCCAGCUUGGUCUGGGAUCGACGGAAGAUUGUUUUAAACCGUCAUGUGUUCGAAUCAUGAAAAGGCUGAAGCAACGCGUGAAAGACGUUCGAUUCGGAGGCAACGGAUAUUCGUUAAUACUUACCGAGGAUGGUAAAGUCUUUUACGCCGGUAAAAACAUCUUCCCGUUUAAUGCGAAAGUGGCCUCUCUAACGGAAGCCGGUAAAAUGAAAAAAUGCUCCGUUGAUAACAGCGAGUACAUCGACGUACCGAUUGAGCUUACCGAAUUCUCCGAAUGUCUAGAAAAAGAGGACGAACGAAUAGCCGACGUUAGCGCAGGGUUUUGCCACUUCGUCGCUAGAACCAGCGCCGGAAAUUGCAUCGGCUGGGGCUACAACAGUCACCAGCAGUUGGGUGGAGUAGAUUCUCUCAAAAUCCUGACCAAACCGGAUCGGCUUGGUGUGGAAGAGCGAAUAGAGCUGACCGAGUGCGGAAACUACUGCACCCUGAUGGUGUCCCAAACGAACAGACUUUAUUUGAGCGGGAAAUUUCAAAAGAUAUCCAUACCAGUGAUAAGAGAACUCUCCGAAGUUACCCUCCCGGCAAAGGUAAUCACAAUACAAAUUACCCGAAAUGAUGUCAUUUUUCUACUACUUCAUAACAAACAAGUAUAUCGCUCAAAUCGUGUUCAGAAGAUUGAAGAUCUGCGAUUUGAACGAUUGGAACUGCUUGAUAAUUUGCUUCGCAAAGACGAAUUCCCUGCACAAAUCGCACCGGCAACCAACUUCACCUCAUUUGUAACUACCCACGGUCGGCUUCUAACAACGUACGAUACCGACAGUCCUUUCACGCCAACCGAUCACUUCCGGGAGCUAGUAACAUUCAAACAUUUCACCGUUGCUAGCGCCGCCAGUGGAUUGGAGCAUUCGCUGGUACAAGCUUUUCCACGUAAGUUCCCCUCGCCAGCGAUUGAUGUUGACUUUUAUGAAGCAGUGGAAACUAUCGAAGCCGCCAUCAAAAGUGAGGAAGAAAAAAUUCGUAACGGAACUCCUAUGCCCACACUUACGAUUGACAGAACGGAAGAAUUCACCCAGCAAGAAAAACGACGGCUGCGACAAGAGCGGAUUGCUCAGGAGCUGUCCAAAGAUGAGUGCAUUCAGAUUGAAACCGAAGCCAAUGAUGUGAAGUUUAUCGAAAACGGUGUGGACAUAACGUCAAUGGUUGAGAACCACGAUCGGGGUUUAGGCGAGGCAAUCAGUAAACGAAAGAAACAAUAUCUUAAUCCUAACCAUCCCUUACAACGGGGCAUGAUGAGAGAUAAUUUAGAACUAGGAAUAGCCCCUUCGCCGAACAUUAGCCAGCUGAUCGAUUACAGUGACGAUGACAAUGGAAGCAUUUCUUCGCAAUCAACCUUCGAUGAUGAGGAUGAUGCCACUGACAGGUACGUUCCGGUCAAAGCUACCAACAGAAGCCAAAAUGAUUCCAAUAACAACAAAGCAAACAAUCGAAAGUUCAGCCUGGGCAGCAAACUGGAAAGCAAAGAAAAAGUUAGGAAACUUUGGAAAGACCUCAAGGCAAAAAGUAGGGACGUUAGCUGCCGUAAUGCUGGUUCUGUGCUGGAUGAUGAUGCUAGAUACACAAAACACAGCAUGGGCAAUCAACCGGCAAAGCCACCUCUAAAGGUUUGUGCUGUUAUGUGAAAAAUAAAAUGGUAUUAACGUAACACUUCUCGAAAGAAUCAAUCAACAUUCUGUAAUAAACG